UCGCAGCAAGGAUGUCAAACCCUAGUGCAUUGUCCAAAAACCCAGACCCCACUCACAAUCCACCACCACAACCACCAGCCGCCUCCACCGGACUUAUUUCCCGGCAGCCGCAGUCCGGCGGCGCGCCGACCCUCGCAUCCCCAUCCUCCUCAACCUCUCAACAAUCCAGUCAAAAAUGGAGUCUCUCAAACGAUUUCUCUCCGAUUCAAUCAACAACAACACUCUCCUCACCAAACAUCAGUCCGAAAUGGUCUCCGACGAGAUCUCCUCCGCCGUCGAUCAGGUCAUCAUCAACGGCGCCGCGCUCCUCGCGACUCAGCCAGAAGAAAUCGCCUCAGAUCUGAAUUUCUUAGAGAACCAUACGAUGAAUAUCAAUGGAGGUUACAAAACCAGAGAAGCGAUUGAAAGCGAUGAUCCAUGGGAGAUAAUCGAGUUCAGUUCCGCGCAACUGUUAGGUGCUCGAAAACAUUGUUGCGAUCUCUGCGGGAAGGAAUUCAAGCGGUAUGCGAAUUUGCGGAUUCAUAUCCUAACACACGAAAACCAGUCCAAGAGCUCCGAGUUGUGGAAGAAGAGAGCACGGUUUUCGUGUCCGUUUAUUGGAUGUGAGAGGAACCAAUUGAACGAAAAAUUUAGGCCAUUGAAAUCGGUUGUUUGCGCAAAGAAUCAUUAUAGAAGGAGCCAUUGUCCGAAGAUGUAUUCGUGUACUCGAUGCAACCGGAAGAGUUUCUCUGUAUUGGCUGAUCUGAAGAGCCAUUUCAAGCACUGCGGUGAGUCCAGGUUUAGGUGUUCGUGUGGCACGAGCUUCUUGCGGAGGGAUAAGUUGGUUGGGCACAUGACUUUGUUUGAAGGUCACGUGCCCGCUGCUAUGGAGGAAGAUGAGAAAGCAAAGGGAGAGGUAGUAAUGGUGGGAGAUGAGGAGGAUGAGGAUCAGAUGGGGAGUUGUUCUGAAAAUAGGUUUUUGGAGGGAGCCUUUGGAGAGUUUGAUUCAAUUGAGAAAUAUUGUUUGCAGGGUGCAUUGGGUGAUUCUAGUAACUUGUGACAUUCCCACUUUACAUUUCUCCUUUUGAAUUGGUUGUUUGGAAGAUUAUGACUGUCCUUUAGAUCUUCUGUUCACUUUGAGCUUAACAAUAUCAAUGUAGAUCCUGAAUAUUAUUGUACAUCUCAUAAUCUGAUCAAACUUGAUUACUUUUGUAUUGCAGAAUCAAAUUUAUUGUGAUAAUUUAUUAAUGUAAACUUAGAAUAUCUGAAUCUA